AUGAAAAUCGGUGAUGUUCUUCAUGAUUAUAAAUUGUAUGAUAAUACAAAAAAGAAAAAUAAUGAUAUGAUUCUUAAUGAAAAUAAUAGUAAAGAAAUAUUAUUGGAAGAAUUCGAAAUAAAAAGUAAGCUAAGGAAAGUGUGUUUAGGUAUACCUACUAAAGAUAUUGAUGUAAAGAAUAUUUUCAGAUUAUUAAAGGAACCUAUAUGUUUGUUUGGAGAAGAUAGUUAUGAUAAAAGGAAUAGAUUAAAAAAUAUAUUAAUAACAAAAUAUGAUAGACUAAUAAUUAAGAAAAAAAUAGAAAAGGAAGAUGAUGUUGAAGAAUUCAAAAAUAUUUUAAAAAGAUAUUAUAUAGAUUUUAGUAACCUAUAUCCAUCAAGUUUAUCUGAAUCUAAUAAAAUAAAUGAAAUUCAUGAUAAACAAAAAUUAAAAGAUAUACAUGUUAUAGAAGACGAAAAAAAGGUACAUAUUAAAACGGUGAAGGCAGAAGAUAUAGAUAUUUUAAAACAGAAAUUUUAUACAGAAGGUACUGAAGAUUUAAAAAAAUGUAGAAAAGAAAUAACAAUAAAAACUUUACCAAGAAUAUUUUUAUAUAAAGAAAUGAUAAAUAAAUUUCAAAAUCAAUAUUCAAAAAAAGAGUAUGAAAACUAUAUUACUUCAUUUAAUGAACAUAUAAAAAAUGAAUCAGAUUUAUAUGUAUCACAGUUAGGUGAUGACAGACCUCUAACCAUGGGUAAAUUUUCACCAGAUAAUAGUGUAUUUGCUAUUAGUAGUUUUAAUUCAUAUAUUAAAAUAUUUAAUUAUAGAAAUGAUGAUUAUAAUUUAAUAAAAACAUUAAAAAAUGGUCAUGAAGAAAAAAUUAAUUGUAUAGAAUGGAAUUAUCCUAAUAAUUACUCUUAUUAUAGUACAAUGAAUUAUAAAGAUUUAUCAAAACAUAAUUUAUUAUUAGCUUCAUGUUCAUCUGAUAAAUCGUUUUGUAUAUGGAAACCAUUUUAUGAUGAAUAUGAUGAUAUAAAUGGUAAUAUAAAUGAUAAUAUAAACGACAAUAUAAAUGACAAUAUGAAUGACAAUAUGAAUGACAAUAUAAAUGACAAUAUAAAUGACAAUAUGAAUAAUAAUUCUCAUAAGGUUGAUAAGAAUAAUUCCAAGAAAAAUAAAUUAUCCUCACAAAAUAAAAAUUAUUUAUUAUGCAAAGUAAAUGCUCAUGAUGAUCGAAUAAAUAAAAUAUGUUUUCAUCCCUUAAAUAAAUAUGUAUUAACAUGUUCAGAUGAUGAAACUAUAAAAAUGUUCGAUUUAGAAACAAAACAAGAAUUGUUUUAUCAAGAAGGUCAUAAUACUACAGUGCAUAGUAUUGCUUUUAAUACAUAUGGUAAUUUAUAUUUAUCAGGAGAUUCUAAAGGAGGUUUAAUGUUAUGGGAUAUUAGAACUGGUAAAAAUAUUCAACAAAUGAAAAUGGCACAUAAUAAUUCUAUAAUGAAUAUAAAUUUUAAUCCAUUUCUAGCAAAUAUGUUUUGUACUUGUUCCACUGAUAAUACUAUUAAAAUAUUUGAUUUAAGAAAAUUUCAAAUUUCUUGUAAUAUUCUAGCACAUAAUAAAAUUGUUACGGAUGCUGUUUUUGAACCAACCUAUGGAAGAUAUAUUGUUUCAAGUUCAUUUGAUACUUUUAUUAAAAUAUGGGAUUCUGUUAAUUUUUAUUGUACAAAAAUAUUAUGUAAUAAUAAUAAUAAAGUACGUAAUGUUGAUAUAGCUCCUGACGGUUCCUUUAUUUCUUCUACAUCAUUUGAUAGAACGUGGAAGUUAUAUAAAAAUAAGGAAUACGCAGAGGAUAAUAUUCUUUCCCAUUUUAUGUGA